CGCCGUGAGCCCCUCGGCUGCGCCGCCCCUCCCCGCACCCGCCAUGUCCCGAGGCUCCAGCGCCGGCUUCGACCGCCAUAUCACCAUCUUCUCGCCCGAGGGACGCCUCUACCAAGUCGAAUAUGCUUUUAAGGCCAUAAACCAAGGCGGACUUACAUCUGUAGCUGUUCGUGGGAAAGAUUCUGCAGUAAUUGUAACGCAGAAGAAAGUACCUGACAAAUUACUGGAUUCCAACACAGUGACUCAUUUAUUCAGAAUUACUGAAAAUAUUGGCUGUGUGAUGACAGGAAUGACAGCUGACAGCAGAUCCCAGGUGCAGAGAGCCCGCUAUGAGGCUGCUAACUGGAAGUACAAGUAUGGUUAUGACAUCCCUGUGGAUAUGCUGUGUAAAAGGAUUGCAGAUAUUUCUCAGGUCUAUACACAAAAUGCUGAAAUGAGGCCUCUUGGUUGCUGUAUGAUUUUGAUUGGUAUUGAUGAAGAACACGGCCCUCAGGUAUACAAGUGUGAUCCAGCAGGUUACUAUUGUGGAUUCAAGGCCACAGCUGCAGGAGUUAAACAGACAGAGUCAACCAGUUUUCUUGAAAAGAAAGUAAAGAAGAAAUUUGAUUGGACAUACGAACAAACAGUAGAGACAGCAAUAACAUGCCUUUCUACUGUACUAUCCAUUGAUUUCAAACCUUCUGAAAUAGAAGUUGGUGUAGUUACAGUGGAAAAUCCUAAAUUCAGGAUCCUUACAGAAGCAGAGAUUGAUGUGCACCUUGUAGCUCUGGCAGAGAGAGACUAAUUAGCAUUCCCAUUUCCAUUGUCUGUGCUUCUGGCCAGGAUAUUUGGUGAAACGAAAACACUUAGUAAUGGCUUUAGAUUAUGGGUGGAAAACACUGUUCACUAUAUGAUGUAUUUUACUCUGUACAAAUAAAACAGAGGUUUUUGAAAUA